AUGGCUGCUGUGCAGUCGCAGAAGAUCCGCCGGUAUGCGGACGACCUGUACCAGGACGCCCAUGAUGACAUGUUCUCAAAGCCCCUGAUUGAGACUAUCGAGAAAGUGCUGCCACCAGGCGUAAGCCAAGAGGACUUUGAUAAGGCCAUUGCCGAGCUCACCGGACUUCUCGGGCAGAGUGCUGUCUUCACUGGCAGCAAUUUGAAGGAAUACGUCGAUCCUUACGAGGUUCCAGAGGCGGAUCCUGACCGUAAGGUACCUGGAGCUGCAGUAUGCCCGUCUUCUGUAGAGGAGGUACAGGGCGUCCUCCAGAUUUCAAACAAGUACAAGAUUCCAGUAUGGACCAUUUCGAGGGGCAAGAACCUUGGAUAUGGUGGACCCGCUCCUUGUGUGUCGGGCUCAGUUGUCCUUGAUCUUCAUCGGAUGAAUAAGAUCAUUGAAGUCAAUGAAAAGUUUGCUUAUGCUGUGGUAGAGCCGGGUGUUACGUUUGGGGAUCUCUAUGCAUAUAUCGCUGAGAGGAAGCUCAAGGUUUGGCCAAGCACUGCCUCGCUCGGAUGGGGUAGUGUUGUUGGAAACACACUGGACCGGGGCAUGGGAUUCAUCCCAACGGGUGUGCACCAUGAACAUAUCUCAGGCCUCGAAGUAGUGCUUGCAGAUGGUGAUAUCCUCCGAACCGGCCAAUUCGCCAUGACAACCUCGCCUACCGCGCACCUCACCAAUCACAGCUUCGGUCCUUCUCUUGACGGCCUGUUCCUGCAAAGCAACCUCGGCAUCGUGACCAAGAUGGGCAUUCACCUCACCCCACAGCCGCAGGCCUACAUGGCUUGCUCCUUUGACAUGCCUGAGCUCGAUGACAUCGAGGCCAUCGUGGACACCUUUGGCGAGAUGCGCCGGAAUGGAACUCUGCCCCACAUCGUUUACGUGUUCAGUAUUGUCGAGUGGUCUUCCCUCGCCAAGACACGCAAAGAAUGGUACGACGGCGAAGGACCUAUCCCGGACUGGCGCCUGAAGGAGAUGCAAAAAGAACUCGACACCGGAUUCUGGACAGUAAAGUUCGGUCUCUACGGAGCCAAGGAUAUCCUGCUAGCCAACUACAACGAGAUUGAGAAGGUAGUAUCCGAUCGCAUGCCCAAAGGCAGACUCAGGAAUGUGCUCUUUGCCGGCGAGGAUAGGAAGCUCCUCGAGGCGACAUCCGUACCCCAGCCGUAUGGUGGAAUGUUCGUGGGCGUUCCAAGCAUGUUCAGUAUCCCCAUGACAAAGUUCUAUAACAAGGACGAGACCGGUGUUGGCGCUCACGGUGCUUACUCGCCGCUCGUUCCCUUGGACGGCAAGACGGUACUGUCCUGGGUCAAGGCAGCCAAAAGCGUAUAUGAAGUCCACGGAUUCGAUCUCUUGUGUGACUUCUUCAUGCAUGAACGACACUGCGUGUUUGUAUGCAUGCUGUGCUUCGACAAGACAAACCCGGAGCAACGAGUCGGCUCCGAUCAGAUCUUCCAAGGUUUGUUCAAGGAGGGCACAGCGCGGGGAUUUAGCAAGUAUAGAGGUCAUAUCAGGGAUAUGGACAUGGUCGCGAACUUGUACGAUUUCAAUAACCAUGCUUAUCGCCGCUUUGUCGAGACGAUCAAGAACUCUAUCGACCCCAAUGGAAUUCUAUCACCAGGGAAGAUGGGUCUCUGGCCUCGUAGAUACAGGGAUAACGGGUGGGCGUUUAAGGGGGACACGCACGAUUGA